AUGUCGUUGGCUGCACCAUCGACCACAAGACGUCCUAUCGUUCUUCCUCACCACUGCGUCGUCAAGGAAGCUAGCAUAACCACGAAAUGCCGUGUGGUCUUUGACGCUUCCGCUAAAACCACCAGCGGGAAGUCCCUCAAUGAUAUUCUUAUGGCGGGACCAGUUCUGCAGGAUUCAUUGAUUGCCAUACUUCUUAGAUUUCGCUUUCCUACUAUCGUUUUGACCGGAGACAUCCAACAAAUGUAUCGCAUGGUGCUGCUACAUGAAGACGAUCGCGACUACCAAAGGAUUCUCUGGCGAUGGUCGAAUGAUGAACCCAUGAACGAGUAUCAACUAAACACCGUGACAUACGGCACUAAAAGUGCAUCAUAUCUGGCUACGAAAUGUGUGCAACAGCUGUUACUGUCCUUCCGCGAACGAUACCCUCAAGCGGUGGAGAAGGCGUCCAAGGGAACAUACGUUGACGAUCUUCUCGUCGGUGCAGACAACAUUGAUGAAGCCAAGCGCCUACGCAGUCAACUGUCGGAUAUUUUCGAUCCUGGCGGUUUUCACCUACGAAAAUGGGCGUCUAACGAUGCCGCUGCGCUAGAAGGUCUUCCAGAAACAGAUCGUGAACUGAAGAUGCCCAUCGAAAUCGACGACUCCAAUACCAUCAAAGCCCUCGGCAUUCACUGGCAGCCGUGCAGUGACGAGCUUCAUUUCAGUUAUCAGCCAUCACAGAUCCUUCAGCCCACAAAACGAACCAUAGUGUCGCAAAUUGCCAGCCUAUUCGACCCUUUGGGACUACUCGCAGCAAUCGUUGUCAAGGCAAAGCUGGUAAUGCAGCGACUAUGGGAGCUGAAGGUGGCCUGGGAUGCUACUCCCCCCGAUUCCUCGAAGAGUGAUUGGAGCUCAGUGGACAACGCAUUUGCUCCUGCACGGCUAUAG